AAAUGGAUCUCGAGGUCCAGAUUUGAGGAUCCCUGGUCUAGAGAAAUAGCUGUACGUUCUGUAUGUUUGACUCUUGCACGAUAAUUUUGGGCUUCUGGUACGAUACUUGGAUAUUUCCAAUCUGGCAACACAGUAACUAAAUCUGUCAGUCAGUAACUGAAAACAAAGUAGGCCCUAACUUGCGUUACUUAUUUAAAAAAAUCUGGUCCUGUGGGUCUCAGUAUCAAUGAUCACAGUUCACACCUACAGUGAAGCCCCCCCACAACAAUCCACCUAUAAAUACUGGUGAAUAUUCACAUCAUCCUACAAGAGAAAAACAAACUCCAGGUGCGGCAGCUGAAAUCUGUGACUGUUAAAGAUGUAGUUUAUUAAAGAGGAGAUUGAAGACACGAGUGAUCCAGAACCAUCCAGAAUAAAACAUGAAGAGACUGAGGAACAAACAGACCGGAUUGAGAUGAAAGAGCAAAAACAAAAAUCGAAUGAAGUGGAGGAGAAACACUGUGACUUUAAAAAAACUCAAAGAACAAAAGCCAAAAAGCUGCACAACUGCUCUUAGUGCGAAAAGAGUUUCUCACACAAAGGAAACUUUAAGGAGCACAUGAGAAUCCACACUGGAGAGAAACCAUACACGUGCCCCCAGUGUGGAAAGAGUUUUUCACAACUGGACACUUAUAAACAGCAUCAGAAAACACAUAAUGAAGUGAAAGAACAUGUGUGUUGUGAGUGUGGGAAGAGCUUUGCUAAAGCUAGCCGUUUGAAACUGCACCAAAUGAUUCACACCGGAGAAAAACCUCACAAGUGCUCAUAUUGUAGCAAGAGUUUCACUCAGGCAGGAACCGUGAGAGUACACGAGCGAGUUCAUACUGGAGAGAAACCGUAUCACUGUACUCAGUGUGGAAAGAGUUUCACAUAUAGAACUGAUCUCAAUGUUCAUCUCCUCGUUCACUCUGGAGAAAAUCCAUUUACAUGUGUCCAGUGUGGUACAGGUUUUAAAUCAUCAACUGUUCUGAAGGAACACAUGAAAAUUCAAACAAACGAAAAGCCUUAUGCAUGUUUUUAUUGCGGAAAGUGUUUUACUCAGCAGGGUCAUUGUAAAGUGCACCAGAAAAUACACACCGGUGUGAGAGAUCAUGUGUGUUGUGAGUGUGGGAAGAGCUUUACUAGAGCUGACAAUCUGGAACGCCACCAAAAAAUUCACAUCGGAGAAAAACCUCACAAGUGCUCAUAUUGUGACAAGAGUUUCACUCAGUCUGGACACCUGAGAUUACAUGAGCAGAUUCAUACUGGAGAGAAGCCGUAUCAUUGUACUCGAUGUGGAGAGAGUUUCAGAUAUAAAACUAAUCUCGGUUGUCAUCUCCUCAUUCGCUCUGGAGAAAAGCCAUUUACCUGUGAUCAGUGUGGUAAAGAUUUUAAAUCAUCAGCAUUUCUGAAAGGACACAUGAUAAUUCAUACAAAUGUAAGACCUUAUGUAUGUUUUUACUGUGGAAAGAGUUUUACUCGGCUAAAUCAUUGUAAAGUGCACCAGAAAAUACACACCGGAGAGAAAGAUCAUGUGUGUUCUGAGUGUCCGAAGAGCUUUACUAGAGCUGACCGUCUGAAAGAGCACCAAAGAGUUCACACCGGAGAAAGACCUUACAAGUGCUCAUAUUGUGACAAGAGUUUCACUCAGUCUGUAGACCUGAAGAGGCAUAAGCGAGCUCACACCGGAGAGAAGCCGUAUCACUGCCCUCCCUGUGAGAAGAGUUUUGGAUAUUUAAAAAGCCUAAAAAGGCACUUGAAAAAAUGUCACACAUCGUCACAGUGACCAAACUUUUUGUCAAAAUAGUCAAAUAAAUAGUGUGAGAUAAAUGCACCUAGUUUAGUGUUGUGAAUUUUGACUUGUUUGUAGUCUGAUUAAGGAACUACAGAGUGAUGUUUGAAGUUUCACCAGAAAAUAAUUCUCAGUGUAAAUAAUAAUUUGUAUCUUUCCUGCUGUGUAAUUAGUUUGUAAAAUCAGGCUGGACUGUGUGCUAAGGAGGUCUUGCUUGAAUGUGACACAAUUACUUGUUUUCUAUAUGCUCAGAUUGUACAUGAGUUGGAAGAUUUUAAACAAUAAUAAUAAUAAAAAAAACUGCUGAAGAAAGUUUUC